AUGUCCCAGGCUCAUAAAAACGGAAGUUAUUACCAAUGCUGUUCCGGUUUUUGUAUCGAUUUAUUACAAAAGUUUAGUGAAGAAUUGGGAUUCACGUACGAACUUGUAAAGGUUGAAGACGGAAAAUGGGGAACUAACGAAAACGGAAAGUGGAACGGAUUGAUAUCUGAUCUUGUCAAUCGGAAAACAGAUAUGGUUUUGACAUCAUUGAUGAUUAAUGCCGAGAGGGAAGCUGUGGUAAGUGAAUAG